AUGGCCACAGGCAACAGCGCAAUGGAGUUCCUCGUCACUUCCAUCCACCUGGACGCCAUCGCUCGCUAUCUCGUGGUCGAGGCCUUCGUCGCCAAUUUCUACAUUUGGUGUGGGUAUCGAGUCUCCGAGCGCCAGUGGAAGGUGAUUAUCAUGUUCAACAAGAAAGAUAUAAGCAAAGAAGCAGCCGCCGAGGCACGGCAGACCAUUCUCUCCCGCUUUCUACUUCUAUCACAGUCCCUCGGAGAGGAAGAUAUCGAGCCCGAGUGGGAUCAGGCGGUUAAGCUUCGACAGACGCCGGGCGUUGUGGGCACCGUCACAAAGUGGAUCAGGCCCAAGGGAUGGAGGCACAUGACCAAGCUGGUCGGAUCCCACGGGCACUUCUUUGUCCCGGUGAGGAACAGGGUGGAUGACAUGGCCGAGCAGCACGCUUGUGCCCGGGAGGCCUCCGAAGGCACGUUCGCCGGCUGGUUCAUCCGGGGCCUCUGGGCAUUGUUGCCGGGUGGGCGACGAGACCGGGCCGAUCUGACCCUGGAUGAGGCGAUUGCGAAGAUGGAGCAGUAG